UUUCACGUAUUGUCAUCCCAAUUGACCCCUUUUUCGUUGUUAUUUAUACCUAAGACGUCCCCGAUAUCCCCAAAAACAACAGAUUUGUACAUGUAUUUUUAUUUAAUCAAAUACAUUAAAACCAAUAACAACUGAGACUUACCUUUAAUAUAUAUGCUGGUUCAAACACUAAAUAACGUUUAUAAAUCAUAGUCGUCUUCUAUUAUUAUCAAAUAAAUAAAAGAGAGCAAAGUUUCUAGCACUAAAACAAUUACCACCACAGGAAGUUAAUUUGAAACGCGAUUUUUUAUAAGUUAGCAGCUAUUAUCAUGCAUAUUCAGAGUUGUUUUGUGAACUUUCAACAUUCUACUAUUAAACUACAAAAAAUGAAAGAUUUUGCAACGAAUAUAAAACUUAUAUUGAGCGUCGAAAGAUUUUCCCUGUUUUUUCCCGAUUCGCCUCUCAAUCCCUAAUCGCCCCAUUUUACCGGUACGUAUUAAUUUAACGAACAAAACAAAUGUUUUUAUAUAAACAACGUAAGUUUUUACGAACUACUAGUCAGGUACACAAUUAAACAGACCUUAAAAAGUUUCAGACAUAACCUAUAUGUAUCAGAAACACAAUGUUAGUGUAAUGUUUCUAUUUAUUUAUUUUCAAGAUCUUUAUGAGAAUGGAAACUAUAUCAAACUUAAAAACUAUAAAAGAAGGCCAAGCAGAGAUAUGUUUAACUACAGAGAAGGUUUUUUACAAUCCUGUUCAAGAAUUCAACCGUGAUCUUAGUAUAGCUGUGCUUACGCUGUUUAUUGAAGAUUAUAAAGCGGAAAAGUUGGCACGUUUCGAAAAAAAACAAAAAAAACUGGAAACCGUGCAAGAUGAAGAAAGCGGAGCCAAAAAUAACAAUCUUAGAAGCACUAUCAGCAACAGGCCUCAGAAGCAUCCGUUAUGCUAAAGAAAUACCAUAUGCUACCAAUAUCAUUGCAAAUGAUCUCUCAGAACAAGCUGUUGAGACAAUUAAGCAUAAUAUUGAACAUAACCAGGUGUCACGCAUCAUAGAAACUAGUCAUGAUGAUGCUUGUAUGUUAAUGUACAAACAUAAACACCCUUCAAAGCGUUUUGCGGCUAUUGAUCUGGACCCUUAUGGAUGCCCUUCAAUAUUCCUCGACUCUGCAGUACAGAGCAUUCAAGAUGGUGGUUUGCUACUCGUUACAGCAACUGAUAUGGCAGUUUUAGCCGGCAACUCACCAGAGACAUGUUAUUGUAAAUAUGGUGCUGUUAGCUUAAAGACCAAAUGCUGUCAUGAGAUGGCCCUCAGGAUAAUGCUACAAUGUAUAGAACAGCAUGCAAAUCGUUACAGCAGAUACAUUGUUCCAAUUCUUAGUAUAUCAGCCGAUUUCUACAUACGUGUUUUUGUCAAAAUAUACUCUGGUGCCGUGCACUGCAAGAAGACAACAAGCAAGUUGUCAAUGGUUUACCACUGCACAGGCUGCGAUAACUUGACCCUGCAACCUCUGGGUGGCUUAAAACCGAACCCGUCUGAGAAAAACCCAAACCAAAUGAAGGCUUAUCUUCCUGCAGCACCACCUAUAGGCGAAUACUGCACCAACUGCAACCAGAGGCAUCAUCUAGGCGGUCCAAUAUGGUCGGCUCCGAUACACGACGAAUCCUUCGUGUCACGCGUCCUAACGUACGUAGAAGAGAAUUCUCAACUCUUCGGAACGGCGAAACGCAUUGAAGGCGUCUUGUCUAUGGUCCGAGAGGAGUUGAACGACGUCCCUCUGUACUACACCAUAGACAAGUUAUUCGGUAGAGUGCACUUGCAGACAAUGCCGAUGUUGAUAAUGAGAUCAGCAAUUAUUAACGCUGGCUAUAAAGUAUCUUAUUCGCACGCAUCGAAAAUGUCAGUGAAGACGAACGCUCCACCACAAUUGAUGUGGGACAUCAUCAGGACGUGGGAGAAAACACACCCAAUCAAGCAGAGCAAACUGGUUUCAGAUCCUGUAACGAAGCACAUACUAUCUCAGGAUAUAAAGAAUAAUGUCGAUUUGUCGGUGAAUGAGCUAGCCAAUCCGCUGAGCCGCCGUGACGGCAGGCUUCGCUUCCAGAUCAAUCCUGCACCGUUCUGGGGACCUGGGUCCAGAGCCGCAGUCAAUAUCGGCGACGACAAAAUGUCGAAGUCUGUUAAAAAUCAGAACAAGAACAGGAAGAAAGAAAACAAUGUUAAAAGAAAACAUUCGGAUACAAGUGACGAUGAUUCACGGAAAAAAGUUGAUAUGGAAUUAAAACAUAAUGAAUAAACGUAUUUUAAUUAAAA